AUGUCAGCUGAACUAUUGGCAAUGCAACCACUGGAGUCGUUGGCCUUUAAAGAUGUAGCUGUAGACUUUCCCCAAGAAGAAUGGGCUCUCCUGAACAAAUCACAGAAAAAGCUCUUCAGAGAUGUGAUGGCAGAGAUCAUCAGUCAUCUGGUUUCAGUGGGAUUUCAGGUCUGCAAAUCAGAUGUGCUUUCUCAGUUGGUGCAAGGAGAGGAAUUGUGGAGAGAAGGAAUAGUAUUUCUCCAAAACCAGAGUUCAGGUAGGGAAAAUGGCCUUAAAAAACAAGAAAUGAUGACUAUACAAAGUAUCCACAGGAAAGAAGCAUCUAUCAUCAUGUCAUUGAAAUCUCACACUCCAAAGAAUCUCUAUAAAUGUAAAGAUUUGCUAGAAGAAUUCACAAACAGAUCUGCCAUUUCUCAACAUGUGUUAAUUCAGAAGGAAAAGAAACCCUAUUUCAGCAGACUACUUAGAAAUGCCCUCAGUGACUGGUCAUCUUUUUCUCAAUGUAAGCAAGUUCACAUCAGACAUAAAUUAUACGAAUAUCCUGUAAGUGGUAAAGCCUUUAUUCAAACCUCCAGCCUUAGACAAUACAAUGGAUCUGCUAUUGGAGAGAAACCCUUUGAAUGUCCUCAAUGUGGGGAUGUCUUCUGUGAUCCUUCUUACCUUAGGCAACAUGAGAGAAAUCACACCGGGGAGAAACAAUAUCCGUGUCAUCAAUGUGGGAAAGCCUUCACUGAUUGUUCUAACCAUAGACGUCAUGAGAGAAUUCACACUGCGAGGAAAGUGUUUCAGUGUCAUCUUUGUGGGAAAGCCUACCUUCAUCAAUCUACCCUUAGGCUACAUGUGAGAACACACACUGGAGAGAAACCGUAUCAGUGUCAUUUAUGUGGGAAAACCUACACUCAGUGUUCUAACCUUAGGCGACACGAGAGGACUCACAACAGGAAAAAACCCGAUGAAUGUAAUUUAUGUAGGAAAGCCUUCAAUACAUGUCCUCACCUUAGAGACCAUGAGAGAAUUCACAUUGGUGAGAAACCUUUUGUAUGCCAUCUGUGUGGGAAAGCCUACACUCAUUGUUCUAACCUUAGGCGACAUGAGGUGAGUCACAGUGGAAAGAAAUCCUAUGAAUGCCAUCUAUGUGGGAAAGCCUUUGUGAAACAUUCUCUCCUUAAAUCACAUAAGAGAACUCACCAUGAUAAGAAACCUUAUGAAUGUCAGGUGUGUGGGAAAGCCUUUACUCAUUGUUCUUACCUUAGGCAACAUGAAGUAACUCACACUGGUGAGAAACCAUAUCAGUGCCUUCUAUGUGGGAAAGUCUAUGGUCAUUGUUCCAACCUUAGGCGACACGAGAGAACUCACAAUGGAGAGUAA